UUGUUAUCUGUUAGCUGACAGGCUGUCAAUCAAACUCCCUACGUUUCUAGCGUAACUGACUUGCCUGCGCGCUGCCAUUACGUGGUUUACGUACGCCUGUCACGCAGUCCACAGACACAAGACGCACAGACGCUGUUUACUCCACCAACGCAACAGUUCUUAGCGUUUUUUUUAACCUAUAUCUUCCUCGCAGUUAGCACAAAGUUUGUUACAAUGGCAGACAAGAAUCCAGGAGCAGUUAGCCGCAAAAGAAAGUCCGUUUUUGAGGUCGCUGAAAGAAGAAGAUAAGGGGAAAAGCAACGAAGCCAAACUAAGGUGAUUCUUGGAGAUUCAUUCCAGCGAUGGCGCGACUGAAGCAGACGCAGGGUCUAAAGACUGACGCACUGGUCGCCAAAUUACUCCUGGACAGGGAGGGUGACGGUGGUAAGGUUCUUGGUGAAACCACAUCUCUGGCUGGAGAGCGAGGAGUUAUUCCCAUUUCGAUCAAAACAUUUCACGAUGGAAACCUGGUGUGUGUGGCAAGUGCUCAGAACAACACAUCUAUUGAGCCAACAGUGAGCCACAGCCAGCACCUCAGGGUCAUUGAGCCGGUGAAGGAAGCAUAUGUGGUGGUAACUUCAGGACAGACUGAGUUCUUUGAAGGCAAGACUUUAGAUCUACAAUGUAAAGUGAAGAAAGGAACUUAUGUGACCUACAAGUGGCUUCUCGAUGGGGAAGAAAUCACUGAAACACAUUAUCGAUAUAUUUAUAACAACCAGCUCAUAGUCUACAGAACUACAUCUAAAGACAGUGGCUUGUACAUGUGCAUUGCUCAGAACUCCUACAAUAAGACCAUCUUCCAGUCAAAUAGCUCUACAGUUCAGAUCACUAUCAAAGAUGUUGUGUCCACUCCUGACAUCUCCUUCACUGUCCUGAAAGAGGAUAUGAAUUACUCUGCAUUGAUCUCUUGCCAUUCUUUAAGCGGAACUCCUCCUAUCACAUUUACUCUUUGGGACUAUGAUGACUUGAUUGGUAAUGUAACAGCAGAAGACAGAAAUGCCACCUUUAAAAUCCCAAUAGUUUUGGGGAAGCACCUGGGAUUUCGCAAGUGCAAAGCUGAAAACGGAGAUGAGAUCGCACACAGUAGAUGGAUGGAACUGAAAGUUGUGCCAGUGGAAGGCCCAGUGUCUUUAUAUUAUGACUAUGACACCGGGUCAAACUACGCUGUGGUCGGGGUGAGAUUUUACUGCAAACCCUUAAAAGGAUCCCAUGUGAAGUUUGAGUGGUUCCUGAACGAGACCCUGCUCCCUCACGGCCUGGGACCCUUUUACCGUGUGGUGGAUGACCCCCCAAAACAAUCAAUCCUGUUACUGGCUGUGGACUGGAGCAGUGCUGGGACAUACCACUGUGAGGUGUCAGAUACUUUUGACAACACAAAAACAAUACCCAGCAGAAGAAAAUAUCUUGAUAAAGAAGUGUUAAAUCGGAUCCCUGAUGUGGUGGUUGCUGUGGUCUUUGGAAGUUUUGCACUUCUCAUAGGUCUGGUCUGCACCUGCUGUGGUAUUGGCAUUGUAUACAGACCAAGGACCAAUGAUGUUAAACCACGAGUUGAGAUGAAGAAAAUGCUUGCAGCCUACGAAGAGGAUCUGGGAUUUACUGAGUUCACUGAGGACACUGAAGAUAUGAAAGAAGCUAUGGUGGAUGAAUUUGACCAGGUGUCAGUGGACUCUGUGAACGACUGGCCUUGGUUAAAAACAAGGAAGACAAAUGUGUCAGAGCAACAGGAGGAGGACCAACCAGUUCUGCUGCCUUGAGGAACAACUCUGUUUGAGCUAUAAACAGGAUCAUUGAGCGAAUUUGUUUUAAACAAAUGAAGCACCCUAUAUGUGAUAAGAAAUAUAAUUGUUUCAAGACUUGAAAAAAAAAAAAACUUUUAUAGAAUUGUGUGAGUGUAUGUUUAUCUUUGUAUUUUGACUUGUGUUAAUCUGGCAUCACUGUCUGAAACUAAAAAUACAAUUUAUUUGGACGUGCUUA